AUGACGUCAUAUACACGAUAUUCUGUUGUAGACGUUAUAGUCGUUAUUGGCGUUAUAGACGUUAUUGGCGUUAUAGGCGUUAUUGGCGUUAUAGACGUUAUAGUCGUUAUUGGCGUUAUUGGCGUUAUAGUCGUUAUAGGCGUUAUUGGCGUUAUUGCCGUUAUAGGCGUUAUUGGCGUUAUAGUCGUUAUUGGCGUUAUUGGCGUUAUAGGCGUUAUAGGCGUUAUUGGCGUUAUAGACGUUAUAGUCGUUAUUGGCGUUAUAGUCGUUAUAGACGUUAUAGUCGUUAUUGGCGUUAUAGGCGUUAUUGGCGUUAUUGCCGUUAUAGGCGUUAUUGGCGUUAUAGGCGUUAUAUGCGUUAUAGGCGUUAUUGCCGUUAUUGGCGUUAUUGACGUUAUUGACGUUAUAGGCGUUAUAGUCGUUAUUGGCGUUAUAGGCGUUAUAGACGUUAUUGGCGUUAUUGACGUUAUAGGCGUUAUAGGCGUUAUUGGCUUAUAG